GUGAUCUGCGAGUACAUGAUAAAAAUGGAAGAAAUCCACAGUGCUGGGCUUUGUCAGCUGGAAAGGAAAGUAGUGCUCAGAUGUUAGAAUUUAUACAGCGUUGUGCAUCACACAUGCAGGCUGCAAUUCAGAAUUUCCCCUCUGAUUUACUUAGGAAGGUUGGUUCAUCAAAAGUACUGGUCUGCAACCCAUCUAGAUUUGGUGGGAUUACUCAAGGAAAUGCUGACAGUCCUCUGACUAGACUUCUAAAAGGUGGAGCAAAUUCAUCAAGAAACAUCUACAGUUUUGGCUUUGGGAAGUUUUAUCUAACAGGCAGUAGGCAGCUAGGGUACCUGGCAUCUCUCCCUAUCAUUUGGGAUAAAGAAGUGGUUCAGGCAGAUGAUGAGGCAACAUUCUCUUUCCACACUGGACCAUACAUGAUCAUGACAAAUUUAAUGUGGGGCAGCAGCAGAGUCACAGUGAAGGAGCUCAGCCUUAAACCACAUCAGAACUGUAGUAAACUACGUUUAGCUGAUCUUUUAUUAGCAGAACAGGAAUAUAGCAGUAAACUUCGUCAUCCUCAUUUGCUGCAAUUGAUGGCAGUUUGUCUGUCCAAUGAUCUGGAAAAAACCCGUUUGGUGUAUGAGAGAGUUAACUUUGGCUCACUAUACAGCAUCCUUCAUGAAAGGCGUUCAGAAUUCCCAGUAUUGCACAUGGAGACAAUUGUGCAUCUGCUGCUUCAGGUUAAUGAUGCUUUGAGGUUUUUGCACUCACGGGGAUUUAUCCACCGUUCACUCACCUCUUAUGCUGUACAGAUUGUUUCUGCUGGUGAGGCAAAGUUAACCAACUUGGAGUACAUGAUAGAAAGCAAGGAUGGAGGAGACCACAGUGAUCUCACACGUGUUCCAGUCCCAGCCCAGCUGUAUAAGUGGUGUGCUCCUGAAGUAAUCCUUGAAAAGGCUGCCACAGUCAAAUCAGACAUUUAUAGCUUCUGUAUAGUAAUGCAGGAAGCCCUAACAGAAACUCUUCCCUGGAAUGGGCUUGAAGGCUCAGGAAUUAAAGAAUUCGUAGUUUCUGGGCAACAUUUGGAAAUGGAUGUCAGGCUUCCUAACCCGUACUAUGACAUUGUAAAGACAGGUCUAGCACCUAAACAAAACGACCGCUCCAUGAGUCUUCAGGAUAUUCGCUAUAUAUUGAAGAAUGAUUUAAAGGACUUGAUUGAGUCUCGAAUUGGUCGCUCUGAUGAAAGCUCAACUGCACAAAGGCAUGAAAUAUUUUCAGAUAUAAACAUCUGUUUGGGGUCCACAUCUAAUUACAAGAGGGAAACGCUAGAGCUGCAAGGAGAGGCGAUAACAAAGACUGAUGGCAGCUUUACUGUGCCAAGGUGUUCAGUUUCUCCUGCUGAAAAAGAAUCCAUUAUAGAUCGUGAGGGUAUAACUUGUAUUCAGCCAGUUAUACAGGAUCUGAGCCAAGAUAUAGCUUCUGAACUCCAGAGGACCUACAGUGUUAGCGAGGUAGACGACAGCCUCUGUAGUUUUGAAAUCAAUGAAAUCUAUGCAUGUUAUCCAGAAUUACAUGAAGAUGUUCUGGAAGAACUAGCUGGAUUAGAUCGUGCUUUGGAAGAUCAAAUAAAACAGCAAAAUGUAGACGAGGACAGAGCCAUCUCCCAGAUCCUACCUCCGCUUCCUAAAAUUCAGUUAGUUGAGCAGCCAAAUUCUAGUGAAGAAGGCAGCUCUUCAGAAAUGGGUACAGAGUACAGUAUAGAGGAGGUAGAGAGACUAAGUGAGGCCUCUGAGUCCUGCAUGCUGCGCUGUUUGGGAGCAGAUGUCAGGGAAAGUGUGUGUAGCCCAUCCAAAACUGAGCAGCACAUCAGCAAAUGCGUCCUUAAUCUCAAGAUUUCUCAGACCUUAUUGCGGCAGGCAACGGAUUCCCUUUACAGAACAGAGGAGAAAUUAGACAAAUUAGAGUCUGUUCAAAACCAGCACAAACUGCUUAAGGAAAUCCAAGCAGAGCAAGUUUCUAAGCAGAAGUCCAUAGAGAGCUACUUAAAUAAAAUUGAUGAUAUUCUCAAAAAUAUCAAGAUCCCCUUGUCAGGUGCUGAUGCUUUUUUGUGGAAGGCAGUAGGCCCUCCAUCAAGGAACUAUAUACCACCACCACUGCGAGUGCCUGGGGCGCAAAGUGCAUUGGAGGUUGACCAUUUCCAGGCUAUCUCAAAAGCUGUGAAGGAACCAAGAGCAAUUCAGAGUGAGAAGAUUGAGUGCGUUGAUCAAAGACGUAAGAAUAAAGAUGACUGCCAGAAUGAUUUCAGCUCCAACAUGGUGAAGAGUACUGAGGUUCGAAUAGUGCCAAGCUAUCAGCAAGUGCAUUCACAUGUGGCUGUAAGACGGAAAAAAAAUAUCAACUUGCAACACCAUAGAGGAACUGAUUCAAGUUUUGGAGGAAGUGGAAUCGAGGAAGAGAAAUGGUUUUUUCCAAAAUCAGCAUCUGAAAUUUAUAACACAAGGAGAAGUGAGGAGCGAAGGAUGGUGCAGUCAGAAUGGAAAACUGAAGUGAAACAAAUCGCUAAAAUAGUGGCGUCUGGGCAGCUGAGACUUCUCCCUCCGUAUUUGCCGAGUGAAUGCACCUCAGAAAGCGAGGCAGAAAGCGUGAAGGAAGCCUUUCCACAUAUCACCUUCAGGGGCCAGGAAUGCGUUGGGUGGCAGAGAAAGGAUGGCAGGUGGCACACAAGCAAUGGCACUGAAACCCAGGAUCUGGGCAGGAAGGAUGAGUCAGAGGAGAGUGACUUGGAGUCUGUAUUCAGAAGUUUUGCAGGCAGAAGUUGGCAGUCUCUAGCAAAAGAUGAGCAAGCAGAGUGCGGAGCAAACCUUCCUAAAAAUUCAAUCAGUCCAACAGAAGCUGAGAAUCCCUGCUGUGAACAUUCAAGUGAAUUAACUUGUUCCCCCAAUUCCUCUCCUGACAUAUCAGAUGAGUUUUUCACUCCUGAUCCGGAUUAUUUGUUCUUUCCAGCUCCUCAGGAAAACUCUGAACGAGAGACCUCAAGUUCUGAAGAUGAGUUAGAAGUUACCCAAGAAGCCUGUGUACAGAAACAGACCUCUGCUGAUACAGAGUCAGGAGAGAAAAUGUUUAUGUGCAACGCAGCAGUAAAAGGCCUUGGCAGUAACGAAAAGGGAGUGAAUCAAGUCAGCCAUACUUCUGUAGCCAGUGCUGAAGUAUCACAAGAAAUGAUAUCUAAGGAGACACCGAAAGAGUUCAAAGAGAAAGAUAUAUCAUUGACAGAUAUUCAGGAUUUGUCCAGUAUUUCAUGUGAGCGAGAGAACUCUUGUAAGGAUAUAACUUAUAAAACACCCAGAGUGAGUCAUGCACCAACUAGUGUCAGCACUCCACUCAGCCCAGGGAAAAAAGUGUCAUCAACCAUCAAGAAAUGGAGAGACUGCCAUGAAAUUCCUCUGGAUACCUCUUGUUGGGCUACCCAGGAGACUUCCCUAACAGUGUCUAGUAGCUUCAUUACAGCCCGUGAGAAGGGAAAGAACUCAGAAACCCCCUUCCUUUCUUCAAAAACCUACUUCUCUGGAUUGACUGAGCCUAGUGGUUUGUCAUCACUCAGUGCUUCUUCACUUUUGAGAAAGGCCAGGAAAGAAUCUCAUAACCCAUUUCCUGCCACUCAGCAGAGCGACUUACGGAAAGCUGAUUCGAGCCCAGAUUUCUCCCAGGUAUCAGACCACUUUAUUAAUGAGCUGCCUCCACCAGCCCAGGAGCUACUUGAUGAAAUUGAAAAUUUAAAGCAGCAAGAUGCUCCCUAUCAGGACUUUGAGGAGAAAGGAUCCCAUACCCACAACAUGCCAAAGAAUGUUCUCACUCAAAUUAAUCCAGAAGAAAAAGAGGAGGAAGAAGAAAUUGAGAAUAAGGGGGAGAGAGAUCACAACUUAUCAACUAAAGAGAUAUUGAAUCUAGCGGAAGAAACAGAAAGGGCUCAUUCUACUCUUGAUGAUCUCUUAGAAAAAAUUCUCCAACCAAUUCCGGAGGAUUAUGAAGUCCAAGGAGAACCUCGGGAAUGCCUUGUCAGUUACAAAUCCUGAGGAUCCAAAACCCAGCUUAUGGCAGCGGCUGCCUUGGCCUUCUCCAUUCAGGGUAAUUGUCCUGGAUCAGAGCAGCGCACCUAAGUGAUCAAAGUAGAUAGCAUAUAAACCUUCAAUAAGUUGUUUGACAUCUUCCUCUUAUACGGCUGCAUGUUCCAGCUUGCCAGAGAUGGCCAAUGUCCUGUCAGAGAAUGGUGCCAACCCAAGUUCGUAGUGUCAUCAGCAGAUUUGUGUAGGAGAAGAGGAUCAGACUGAGAGGAAUAAUGAAACAGCACAUCCUAAGACCAAACCUGAGGAUCUGCUCAGCCAGUGUGUUCUGAACUCCCGUGGGUUUUUGAGAACAGCGCCUGCUGAGGAGUUUGCAGCUAAAUCAAACAACCUUGGUAUGUUUUGGAUUGGAGUGGUCCUAACCUAGUGAGAUGAGUGUUAAUAAGAGUCCAGCCUGAGAGAGAGAGAGACCAAAGCAGGCCUUCUCACACUCAUAGACUAAGAAUAUGUGAAUACAGGAAGCUGUUAACAGUUCUGUGCAUCGCCACAAACUUCUGAUUUGCAACUGGAGCUGUUUUUUUGUAAGAACACAAUCAUGCAGUUUGCAACAAACGAGAGCACAGCUAGCCAAGAUGAGUUAAGCAAUCAAACCAGUGCUUCAGCCGCUCACCUUUGGCGUUAAUUCCUAACACUACUCCACCUUAGCACAGAGAGAGAGAGAGUCAGUCAGUCAGUUCAUUCCACAGAGGUAAGCCAAGCUGUGCCAGUAAAGAUAGACAGAGAAGUCUGUAAAAGCAGCAAAGAGUCCUGUGAUACUUUAUGAACUACAGACGUAUUGGAGCAUGAGUUUUCGUGGGUGAAUACCCAAUUCGUCGGAGGCAUGCAGAGAAGUCUGUUACUGACACUCAUUCAACUAUCCAGCGAGAUGUAUGCAGUGUGACAUUGCAAAGUUUUCCAUCCUCCUUGGUAGCUAUUGGAAACAGCUGUUUAGAGGGGCAAGCGACAAGGGAGUCCUCACUCUCUCACACAGGUACAUUUUCUUCCUUUUUACCAUGGGUAGGUGGCAGCUACUAGUGAGCAAGAUCACUGGGUAGGUGAAAGCUUCUGGCUAGAUUAUCCCAGCCCCACUCACUUAGAGCUGGGCAUGGAGGAAGGAGUACAUCUUUCAAGCACUGCUAACAGGUGUGGCUCUGUCUCAUGCUCCCUUUAUGAUGCUGCCCCCCUCCUCUGAGUUUAAUGUAAAUUACAAGCGAUUUGUUCAUCUAAUUUGUUGCCAUCUUGAUUUAACAGGUCCCUUAGUGUAUGGGGAGGGGUUGGGCUAGGAUCUGGCCAAGAAAAGGAAACUCAGUUAAAUCACAUGGCAAAGUAUUCUGUGCUCAGAGCAGCAAACAUGGAAGCUGGAACAGCCUAUCCUUUUUUAAGGAUGGCCCAGACUGGGACUGCAAAUGCCCCUCUGAUUCCAAAGGCAUAAGGAGGUAAUGAACUCUCCUUGGCCAUAAAUCAUUACGGCCACAAACAAAAUAACCACUAAAUACUUCAAAGGUGGUUUGAAGCCUUUGCAUUUGACCAAGACAUAUUAAGCCUCCACUUUCACUCGUCUCUGACUUUCAGAAGAAAGGACUUUGGAAAUCAAGGUGAAGUGGAGACAGGCUUGUCCUACAGGAGAGUGGGAAGCCAGAGCUGAGUGUAAGGGCUUGUCUACCUGAAUGCUUAGUGCGUGGGAAUUACACCCGCCUGCCACACAAGUUCACGGGGGCACUUUAAUCUAGUCCCAUUUCAAAGCAAGGUAGCAAAAUGCACAACAGAAUUUGUGUGUGUGGCAGCAGGGUCCAUGUGGGGAGGCUAGUGUGUGCUAGAUUUCUACCUCUGCUUGCCACAAGCUAAGUGGUCAUAUAGACAAGCCCUUAGUUGAUCAAUGUGAAAGGGCACAUGCCCACAGCAGCUUUAAAC